CAGAGGUAUUAAGUACCGGUUUCAGCGGUGAGCAACCCGAUGCUAUGAACUAGCUCUAAUGAGAAAAAUAUCCUGUUUUCCAUUUAUUUUUUCUUGAUGAAAAUGCCACCUGAAUAAUAAGCUAAGUGAUUUCUACUUACCCAACAACACAUGGGAAAAAUAUCACAAUCCAGGAUGUGCAGGAAGCAUGAGGCACGAAAUCAUACAACUUAUCACAGAUUAUAUCGUCAGAAAUGAAUAAAAUCGGCAUAGGCUUUUUCUUUGGAUGAUAGCGAAUAAUCAACAUGGACCGACAUCUUGUCCAUGACAAACCCAUAAACAACAAUGGGGAAGAUUUAUUUGACAUUUGACUUGCGUUAUCGCAUUCAUCCACAGAAUAUUUUCCUACAGUGGGUUAUUUCAUGAUUUAAUCUGUAGUUCUUUAUCGUCUGUAGCGCCUCUGGCGACUAUGAAAUCAGUCGUUCUCGGUUAUGUUUUUAAGUGAGAGUGCCCAGGGCAUGGUGUAAAACGAACUGAACGUGUAAACGCCAGAUUUGCGUUCAGUUCAUCUGCACAGAUCUGGCUUGUGCAAGCCAGAUCGUUCAGAUGGCUUGAGCGUGUAAAUGGGCUUUAACGGACGUAUCUGAUACCUCCAAUCCCACUGGAAGAAUCGGCACUCGUGCUUGCAUUCCAGAGGAGCGAUGACGGCCACGCACGGCAUCGGCCGGACCGCACUAGCGAGUCGCUAAGCGCCCCAGGGCCGGGGAUGGAUGGGAAUGGCUUCCCGUCAGCCCCUUUGCGCGGCCCCGGCGGGCCUGUGCCGAUAAGCAUUCCGCUGACUACGCUGCGCCCAGUGCCUGCGUCCGUAACGUUGACGGCGCCCAGGCCCGAGGGUGAUCGUCGCGACAAUGAGUACGUCGAGACGCCCCUCAAGGGGCCAAUCACGCCCUCGUCUCCGGUGCCUCUGCAUCGGCCGCCCGCACCGGCGCCGCCCCAGGUCCCCAUCAACAAGCAACCGGUGUCGUUUAGCAAGACGUCGCCUGCCCCCUCCUGCGGCACGUCGCGCCCUUCCAUCAUGUGCACCACGUGUGGGCGAUGCAAGUGCGCGACCUGUCGAGCCCCCAAGCCCUUGCCCGAGUGCUGGUCGUGCCAUGGAGGGUGUCUGUUGUCCGCCGACUCCAUGGUUGACUAUGUUUCGUGUUUGUGCUGCGUCAAGGGACUGUUCUACCAUUGUUCCGAGGCGGACGACGUGGACAGCAGCUGUGCGGACGAUCCGUGCGGAUGCGGACCGGAUCGGCGCGUGGAGCGGUGGAGCUGUUUGGCCGCCCUCGUUUGCGCUCUGCCUUGUCUGGUGCUCUACUGGCCGCUGCGCGGCGCCAAAAGGGCGGUCGAACUGUGCUACGAGCGGCACUCGAGAUCGGGGUGCCGAUGUCGUCCACCCAAACAGCCGCCCCGGCCGCCCGCCAAACGACUGCUGGGCAACGACUCGUUGCAAGACUUUUAAUUUAUUGAUACGUAUAUUAGUGUACAUAGAACUGCCGCCGCAUCUGUUGCGGUCUCCAGUAUUAUCUAGUCCAGCGCCGAGCAGUGGCGCACGAGUGUCUCUCGAGUGUGCCUGAAAUAACUCUUGUGUACAUCUUUUCCAUUCAAUUUUUACUUUUUACAACUUUCUCACUUAUUUAUUUAUUACUAAUUUAAAUUAUUUAUGAAUCGGACACUAUUGCAUUACCAACGCCUUUCCUGGUUUCCCGCUUUCUCCAAAUUCACAUUUGCUUCCCACUCAAGGCACCAAACCGCGGCUCAUCCAACCACAACGGCAUUGUUAAUAUGGUGUGAAAUUCCAAUGCAAGGAAAAGGUGUCCAAAGAAUCGAUACCCACAUUCGUCUUCUUUUGUUUGAACGGCCAACCGCAUCUUUCAGCCAGUUGCUAGAAAAAUGACUCAAAGAAAAGGGCGCAACCCAGCGGCGUACGGGGCCUGUGUUAUGGCUAGAGGAUGUGGGGGCCAAACCAAACACAAUUAUUCUUUUUCGACAUUCAGCAUUAUCGAAACACAUACCGAGCCAUUAUCUCCUUUACAAACACUUGGUUUUGCAAUACUCUCCGUUAUAUUUUUGUUAUUGUACUGAUAUGGUAUGAUCCGUCACUCGGGUUCAACCGAUAAACCAGCUUUUUAAUGUUCAAAUGAAAUAGCUAGAGGUGUAUCUUUCCGAUUUUAGGUACGUACAUUUUUAUAUGUCGUUUUUCCUACGGAAUUUUUAUCUCGUCCUGUCCAACCAGAUUAUCUUCAGAUUUGGACUUCUACUGAAUGUUUCACUUAAAGACCAGUUGGCAUAACUGAAGCAUCGCUGGUUAAGAAAUGAAAAAAAUAUCUAACAAGAUCAUUUUGAUCACUGUUAAAAUAAAAAAAAAAGUGCGUACUCGGUACUGUAAUAUCGGCAUAACAUUAAUGGGCAUUAUAUUUAUUCCAAAUCAAAUUUAUUCCUGGGUUUCAGU